AGUCAUGAGAAGAGAGUCAUAUCACCUAGAUAACAUGCCCAGAUUAUAUGUCACAAAUUUUACUGGAGAAAGGGAUAGUCAGGAAAGUAGAGUCUCAUCACCUAGGUGAGGGUCUCAGAGAUACAUUACAAUGCUCCUUGUGGGCAGGGCCCAGGCAGGACAGUCAUAUCACCUAGGUGUUUGGGCCAGGUAUAUGUCACAAUCCCAAGUGUUAGCUGAGCUCAGGCAAGAGAGUAAAGUCAAUCAGGUGCUGAGAAAAAAUUAUGUCAGAGUCACACCUGCAGAAGGUCCAGGGAUGAGAGUCACAGUCCCACAUAUUUCCUGGCUCAAGUUAUAAGAGAAAACACCUUUUGUGAAUUGUGUUUAAGUACACAAAUUACAAUCUCAAUAGUGGACAGAAUUCAUGCAUAACAGCUCCAAACUCACCUGCAAACACUGUCUAAUUAGGGCAGUCUCAGCCUCACAGGUGUGCUGAGUAUAAAAGUCACCAUUCUACCUGUGAACUGGAUCCAUGUAUGAGAUUCAACUUUCAACUGAUCUGGGAGUGAUACUCAGAACUUCAACAAUGGGCUGUGUCCAUAUAGUAUAAUGACAUUCCUCACUGUAUGUAUGUGUGCACAGAAGAAUCACAGUGUCAUCUGUGUGCUGGGUCUUUGUAGGACACCUUCUGUGCCACUCAAGAGCUUCAUACAGUAUGCAUGAGAAUGAAAACCUGCUCUGAGACCUUCAUGCUGGUAUGAACUCAUGAUCCUACAUAUUGCCCCAAGUUCAGGGAGUGUUGACAUUCAGGGAUGUGGCUGUAAAAUUCUCCCCAGAAGAGUGGGAAUGCCUGGACUCUGCUCAACAGCGUUUGUAUAGGGAUGUGAUGUUAGAGAACUACAGAAAUCUGGUCUCCUUGGGUCUUGUUAUCUUUAAGCCAGACUUGAUGACCUGUCUGGAGCAAAGAAAAGAGCCCUGGAAUGUGAAGAGACAGGAGGCAGUAGCCAAACACCCAGCUUGCUGUUUUCAUUUUACUGUGGAGGUAUUGCCAGAGCAUGACAUAAAAGAUUCAUUUCAAAAGGUGAUUCUUAGAAAAUAUGGAAGCAGCGACCUUAAUACUUUACAUUUAAAGAAAGACUACCAAAGUGUGGGUAAUUGCAAGGGGCAGAAAAGCAGUUACAAUGGCCUUCAUCAAUGUUUGUCAACUACCCGUAGCAAAACCUGUCAAUGUAAUAAAUGUGGUAAAGCUUUUGGGUUGUGCUCAAUCUUCACUGAACAUAAGGAAAUUUUUAGCAAAGAGAAAUGCUACAAAUGUGAAGAAUGUGGCAAAGACUGUAGGUUGUUCUCAGAUUUUACUCUACAGAAGAGAAUCCAUACUGCAGAGAGAUGCUACAAAUGUGAAGAUUGUGCCAAAGUUUUUAAAAAGUUCUCAAACCUUACUGAACAUAAUAGAGUUCAUACUGGAGAGAAACCCUACAAAUGUGAAGAAUGUGGCAAAACCUUUACCUGUUCCUCAACCCUUAUUAAACACAAGAGAAAUCAUGCUGGAGACAGACCCUGCAAAUGUGAAGAAUGUAACAAAGCGUACAGGUGGUUCUCACACCUUGCUAAACAUAAGAGAAUUCAUACUGGAGAGAAAUCCUACAAAUGUAAUGAAUGUGGAAAAGCUUUUACAUGGAUCUUGGUCCUUAGUCAUCAUAAGAAAAUUCAUUCUAGAGAGAAACCCCACAUCUGUGAAGGAUGUGGCAAAGCCUUUACCCGCUGCUCAACCCUGAUUAGCCACAAGAGAAUUCAUAUGGAAGAGAGACCCUACAAAUGUGAAGAAUGUAACAAAGCCUACAAGUGGUUCUCAAACCUUGCUUGACAUAAGAUAUUGCAUACUGGACAGAAACCCUACAAAAGUAAUGAAUGUGGAAAAGCUUCUACGUGGAUCUUUUCCCUUAGUCAACAUAAGAGAAUUCAUACUGGAGAGAAACCCUACAAAUGUAAUGAGUGUGUAAAGGCUUUUACGUGUAUCUUGGUCCUUAGUCAACAUAAAAUAAUUCAUAUUGGAGAGAAACCCUACAUCUGUGAAGAAUGUGGCAAAGCCUUUACCCACUCCUCAACCCUUACUAACCACAAGAGAAUUCAUAUGGAAGAGAGACCUUACAAAUGUGAAGAAUGCAGCAAAACCUUUAAGUGCUUCUCAGACCUCACUAAUCAUAAGAGAAUUCACACUGGAGAGAAACCCUACAAAUGAGAAGAAUGUGGCAAAGCAUCGAGCUCGUUCUCACACUUCAUUAGACAUAAGAGAAUUCAUACUAGAGAGAAGCUCCACAAGUGUUAAAAAUGUGGAGAAGCCUUUAAAAAGUCAUCAUAUUGUGUUCAAUAUCAGAGACAAUACUGAACAAAUACAGUAUAAAUUUAAUGACUGUUGAAGAACACUCAACAUCUUGGAGGGUCUCUAAGAACUUGCUUUAUAAUCUGGGUGCUUUUGUGUUGGGUGCAUAUAUAGCCCUUUACUAUUAUGUAAUGCCCUUGUCUUUUUUUGUUUUUUUAAAUCUGUGUUGAUUUAAAGUUUCUUUUUCCAGAAACUAGGAUUGC